AUGAAGAUCGAUUGGUGCAUGUUGAAAGAUGCUGAAGAGAUCAACGCCUUAAACCGAGUGUAUUCGAGCGCAUCCCAUUGCAAUUGGCUUUUGUUUGUGUUCUCAUAUUUACUGACCUCUUCUAUCUUACUCUCGCAAACUCUUGUACCUCUAACCGAUGUCAAUGCUAAUGACUUACUCGUUCGAGCCGAAUAUUUUGUCGAUUACGAAGAUUACUUUUAUCUAAUCACGACCCACACGGUUGUAGAAAAUUUGUGUGCUUUUGGUAUGCAAAUUAGUAGCGAUAUUUUGAAUACCAUAAUUAUGAUGCACAUCAGUGGAAUGUUCGAGGUAACUGGGAUUGUUGUCGAGCAUCUGUUCGACAAAUGCAAAAGUGCUGACGGGAAUAUCGACGAAAAUUUGAUUUACUACAAACGUCUGCUGCGUAUUGUGAAUAUGCAUCGAAGAAAUCUAAAACUUUUCAAGAUAUUUGAAGACUGCAUGCACAGCAGUGGCGUGUUCCAAAUAUGUCUCGUAACCGUUAGUAUAACUACCAUAAUGUUGAAAGCGCUCGAGAUGAUGUCGCCGACAGGAAAUUUGCAAAAUAAAUUUUUUACAGUCGUGUUCAUAGUUUCGUACUACAUACUUCUGUACAUUGAUAUGAUACCUGGUGAAAAAAUUAUUCAGAGCAGCGAGGUUCUAUUCUUCAAAGCCUAUUGUGCAAAAUGGUACACAACCUCGGUAAAAUCCCAGAAAAUGCUACUAUUCCUCAUGCACAGAUUCAUGGAACCGUGCAGGCUACAACUGAAAAACGUAUUGGCCAUGGGCAACGAGAUGUAUGUUGUUCUGGUGCAGACGAGUUUCUCCUACUUCAUGGUUCUCUACUCGUUACAAGAAUAA